UCAAUGUGGUCGGGUCAAUCUCAAUGAAAUACCCAUUUGGAGUUUAUGAAUUGUAUUGAUAUGUACUGAGCUUGAAGGUAUAUCUAAUUGUGUGAAUUUUCUGAAGUACCCAUUUCUGUUAGUAUUUUUUAUCCUUAGAGUUGGAGGAUAAAUUUGUAAAGUUCUCGAGCAUCCAUGAAUGAUGAUUGAAGGCUAGCUCAAGCUAGCUAUCUAUCUACUCUUCAAAGUUCAAACCACAAAGAGACUGAUCCAUUACAUUUAUCGAAACUUCUGCACCAUGUUUAGCAUAAUUACCCUUUUUGGGAUACUAGGAAACAUCACCACUGGUCUAGUUUACCUCUCUCCAGCGAAAACGUUUUGGAGAAUUGCAAGGAACAGAUCAACUGAAGAGUUUGAAAGCAUCCCUUACAUUUGCAAGUUACUUAAUGCAUACCAGUGGGUCUACUAUGGAAUCAUCAAGCCGAACAGCGUGCUUGUUGCGACGAUUAAUGGUUUUGGUGCUGUGGUUGAGCUUGUUUUCAUCGUGAUAUUUCUGAUGUUUGCAUCUACUCAGAAAAUAAGGGUUAGGACAGCCAUUCUAUUUGGAGUUCUGGAUUUGGUGUUUCCUGCAGUAUCAUUCUUGCUCAUGCAGUUGAUGUUACAUGGACAAUUAAGGAUUGAUAUUUCAGGCAUUUUUUGUGUUGUCUUCAGUAUGAUCACAUAUGGAUCACCUCUUUCAGCUAUGAAAACAGUGGUAGCAACGAAGAGCGUGGAGUUCAUGCCAUUCCUGCUUUCAUUUUUUCUUUUCAUAAAUGGAGGGGUCUGGACUGUGUAUGCCUUUCUUACAGAAGACUAUUUUAUUGGAAUACCAAAUGGAACUGGGUUUCUUCUUGGGACAGCACAGUUGAUUUUGUAUGUGACAUACAUGAAGCCUAAGUCCUCCGAGAAAAUAUCUGAUAACUUGGAGGACGGAAGUAAACAUGAGCCCCUUAUCCCAUCUUCCAAUUUGGUUUCCUAGAAAAGUCGAGGAUGGUGUGAUGUGAGCACAAUGUUUUUUUUUUUUUAUCAAAAAUAUCUCGGAUAUUUUAUUUACCUUUUUAUUUAAUGUAUCAAAGAAGUGGAAGAUUAUCUUUGUCUGCCAAAAGAAUUGGCCUCAUUUUCUUUUUCUCA